AUGAAUCUGUUUUCCAAUGCCGAAUUUGGUUUGGAUGUUCAUUUUGACUGUUUCGGGGAAGUACGUGGGCUUCUUCAUGAUCCACUAUUUUUGAAAUGCACCGAUUUGCAUAUUUAUGGAAAUACAGAGCUUUUGACCAACGAGGAAAUGCAAUUCCUACUAGAAAAGACUGGUUCAAUAAAGAAACUCAAAUUGAAUUGUCUUCUGAGUACUGAUUUCAAUAACAAAAUUCUUUUUGAUAUUUCUGUGAUGGAAUGUCACAAAGAAGGCUUUUUCACGAAAGAUGACCUGAAGAAUAUGAAGUGUCAACUCAUUUCCGUUCAUCAAAACACGUUGACUGAAAAUCAAACCAACGAGUUUAUUCAUCACUGGUUGAAAGGAGGAAACCCGGACUUAACAAGAUUAAAACUUUAUCAUUUUGAUGACGAUUAUAUUCCUAAUUGGGAUGUACUACUGAAGACCGUCAAAUAUUCAAAAUUUGAUGGAAAACGAAGAGCACGCUAUAUUAAGCAAGAAUUAUCAAACUACCGUUGUAGAAUUGUUAAAUUUGAUUGUGCGAACGGAUUCGAUUUUGAGAGAAGUGAUGGAAAACUUGCAACUGUUAUUUAUCAUGAUAAAGAGUUUUAUUUUAUUGUAUGGCAUGAUCGGUUUCUUUUAAAAGUUUAA